UAUUACAUGACACACGCGGUUCCGCCAACCUGUGUACGAGCACAACUCCACCUUCGCUAUAUCUUCUCAUGUCAGUCGUCGCUCGGGCGCGUCGCGACGUGAAGCUUCGUUUUGCGAUUCCGUCGUAACAUUCUGCCGCAGGAGCCAAGGAUGUCUUCGUGAACGGAACAAAAGCUAAUUAUUAAUGCGAAUAGCGACUUUUCAAAAGUAAACGAGGACGGUUUGUUAAUAGCUUAAGAAUUCACGUAAUGCUUCGCCGAAAAGGGACGAGACUUUCGCAAACGACCAUUUAUUCCUCGUUCCUUUAAUCGUUCGUUUUUGGAAUCGCAUAUCUUCAGCGAUAGCAUCAUGUGGAACCGCAAGGUCUUCAUCAGAAUAAUCGAAGUGCUCUUAUGCGUCGCUUGUGUCGUGGCACUCAGGGUGACGGAUGAUGAGAGUCGAAGGGUAUUUCACUAUUUGAGGAAUCGUAGCCGGGAGUGGUCACUGUUGAACAACGUGACAUGGGGCAGCAUAGGCGCUGCUCUUGCAACGGCGACCUGCGGCGGAUACAUCAUCAUAACGACUGGUCUCUUGAUCGCCGCGGCUACCGGGGAGCUCCGCGGUCGAAAGACGGAAUUAUUCCUACUCGGACUGGGCGUGAUUCUCUUCGGGAUAGUCGGCGCCUUGUCGUUGGCGUCUAUCGACAGCGUCCCUGAAGAUCUGGUCGACAAUGCUGCAGUCCUGGGAGCGUUAUGCCUGCUCACAGCGUUGGUAUUCAUUGGGGAUUUACUGAUGAGCCCGCCUCGCAAGAAGGACAAGCAGGACGAGGCGCGAAUCCUGGAAAAAGAUUUAGGCAAGCGGAAGGUAACGCCAAUAGUGACCAGUGAGGAUACGAAAUCGAAGCCUAAACCGACCGUCGUGAAAAUUCCCGAGGACGAAAACGGUCGCGCGAAUGAUGCUUUCCAGAAGAACGAGGAUCGUCACGUCGAACCCGCGAGAUCCCAGCGGGAAUCGUCGGUGGCUCGUUCGCAGGAUGACUCUCGAGACGAUCGGGAGUUUCGCGGCGAUCAGGAACCGAGAGAACGAGCGCAGAAUUUCGAAAACGGCCGAGUUCUACGCGACUCGAAGCGAUAUCGCGAGACCGACAUCGCGUCCGAACCCGAUCGCAGGAUCGACGAUUCCAGGAUAAUGUACAAGAGUCGGGACAUCUACCAGCGACCGAUCGACGAGAUCGACACCCCUCGCUUUCCCAUGGAGUACGAGAGGGGAGAUCCGAUGUUCGCAAAAAUUGUCAAUCCCAGCGUGAAAAUCAUGAGGGUUGAGCGAGAUGUCGAGGAAGCGCUUGACAGUUACAGGUAUUCGGACAACAGCCAGUACGACAACGUGCCUGUCAGAAUGCGCGGUCCGUCAUCCGGGAUCUUGAAGGCUCAUCAUCGCGACGUGUCCUUCAACAUACCACCUCCACCCAAGGAAUAUCGAUCCGGGGGACGGGAAAGAUCUAAGGAUGAGAUCGAGAUGUUGGAGGAAUAUCUCGGCGUGCUGAGAACCACCGGGACGCAAACUCCGAGAACGCCGUCGUCGCCGACCGAUCCAGGAUACGUCCGACACACUGCAAGUAAUUGGCCGCAGGACUUUAAGUCGAGCACUCCAAGACCUAGCCCCGAUCGCAGAGUUUAAUCCUUUUAUGACCGCUCAUGAUACAUUUUUUUAAUUAUAUGACCGACUAGUUCAUAUAGUAUAUAUACAUAGAAACGUAAGUUUCUUUUUUCAUAUAAAUUAAUCGAUUUUAAUCAACUCUCUUCAAAAAGUUCACUCUCGUAAGCUAUUUAUACAUUUCGCUCUUCAAACUUCUCAUCAAACUGUUACACGGAUAAUUUAGUCAUAAAAGGAUUAAAAAGUAAUUAAUAUAUAAUAUAAUCAUCUCUCAUAUAUACUUGAUAUCUUGUAAGAUUUAGACUUAAUUAUCGUGUACACGAGAUGCCACUAAAAAUAGUUUAUACUUGAAUAGCAUUUACAAUAGCGAAAUAAAUAGGAGGGAUAUCUAUUACAUGAACUGCGAUGACUUUUGUAUCUAUCCCUUUAGAAAAAGAUAUUGUAAACGUGUGAUAUAAUAGAAUAAUGAAGGUAAAAAGGAAACGACAAUGCAUUUUUUUAUACAUACAAAUUUCAAUAUAAAGUUGAUACGUCCGUUCACAUUGUACUCUUAUAUAUCCAUACGUACACAAUUAUAAUUAAUAAUCUUCUGACUUCUAAACAUAUGAUCGUUGCGUGGUUAGUCUUCAUAUAGUCGUCAGACGUGUGUUAAUAUUAGCGUUAAUAUUACGCCGCGGAAUGAAAAUCUUUGUUCGCAUAUCUUCAUUUGCUCUUAUAUGUUUUUUCUUUUUUAAACAAUAUAAAUAAAUGCUGUACACACAUA